UCUUCUGGAAACCGAUGCUUGGCCGUGAUUCGCCUUGCAUAAUUAUUCGCAGGUACGAGUCGCGAAGCCCUUGAGCCAGUUGAAGAAGCGAUUGCUCGUGAUAUCGCAGCCAGCUCCGAAGUCUGAUCCGGGACUACUGUGUCGCCUGGAUCUGAGCGUUUCGAAGGCGGCGUUGAAGGCGAAGCCCUCGAAGCGUAUCAAGGAGCUCGCAAUGUUCGUGUGGAAGGACGAAGACCCGGGGAAGGAAAUGCCGAACCCAAUAACGAAGGCGGCCUUGAACUACAAGGCCACUCCCAGGAUCAUUGAAAUGGCUGUGCCCCAUGUCCACAAGACGGAGAGCUGUCGCGACCUUGCAAUAUCGAAGAAGGCAUUGAAGCACAAGACCACGAAGAGGGAGAAGACGAUGUCCCUGGCCAAGAAGGGGCGAGACUGUCCGAACUCUUUGAACGAAGAGGAAUUCGCCAGGCUUUUCACGCCCACUGGCAUCAAGAAAAGCGCUCUUACAUACAAAAUAACAGAAUGGGUAUCGACUUUGGCUCUGCCCUCCUACCGUUUCCUGAAAGAUCGCCGAGACCAGGAAGCUCAGAAGAUGAAGAAAAUGAUCGAAGCAAGUGAUGACAGAGGAAAAAAGGUCCUAGAAGAACAGCGGAAGCAGGAAGAGGAAAAGGAGCGGAAGAAAAAGGAGAAGGGGAAAAAAGGAAUGAAAAAGAAGGAAAGCAAAAAAGGUGAAAAGGCGAAUGGGGAAAAAGUCACCGAGGAAAAGCCUGACGAAGAGGACCAAGAGAAGGAGAAAAAGGAAGAGAAGCAGAAGAAAGAAGAAGAGAGGAAAUCCAAGGAGCGUAAAAAAUGGCGAACAGAACCAGGACCCUGCAAAGAUAAUUACGGAUCAGUGUCGAAGGCAGCUCUCAAUGCCAAAGGUACGAGUGUAAUGAGUGUGGCGACCGUAUCGCACAGUGGGUAUAACCAGAAGCGACAAUCGGACGCUGUUUCUGGUCUGCAAUAA